ACUGCGGAGACGCGGCGGCGCGGGGCUGCGCAGAGUCUUCUCGUUGCCCCGCGGAACGGCGGCCCACUGGGCUACUGGCUGAGGCCUGGUGGGAGUAGAGCCGGAGCCGAGCUCCGUGUCGACCGCGUGGUGCUGGGGAGGCUAGAAGACCGGAGAAUAGUCAUGGCGCCGCACAGAACCGAGGCCCGAGCGUCUGCGGGCGGCCUGGGCGCCGAGUAGCUAGGCCGGGCCUGAGCGCGGGCGGCGGCGGAGGUAGCUGCUUCCGCGCCCCCCGCCCUCGCAGGCCCCGGGCCCAGUCCGCUGGCGAUGGUGACACAUGCGACGGCGGCGGCGCGCCGGCGGCAGGACCAUGGUUGAGCGCGCCAGCAAGUUCGUGCUGGUGGUGGCGGGCUCGGUGUGCUUCAUGCUUAUCUUGUACCAGUACGCGGGCCCGGGGCUGAGCCUGGGCGCGCCCGGCAGCCGCGGGCCGCCCGACGAUCUGGACCUCUUCCCCACUCCCGACCCACACUACGAAAAGAAGUACUACUUCCCCGUUCGCGAGCUGGAGCGCUCUCUGCGCUUCGAUAUGAAGGGUGACGACGUGAUCGUCUUCCUGCACAUACAGAAGACGGGUGGCACCACCUUCGGCCGCCACCUCGUACAGAACGUGCGCCUAGAGGUGCCCUGCGACUGCCGGCCCGGGCAGAAGAAGUGCACCUGCUACCGGCCCAAUCGCCGCGAAACCUGGCUCUUCUCCCGCUUCUCUACCGGUUGGAGUUGUGGGCUGCACGCUGACUGGACGGAGCUCACUAACUGCGUGCCUGGCGUGCUGGACCGCCGCGACCCCGCCGCGUUGCGCACGCCCAGGAAGUUCUACUACAUCACCCUGCUGCGAGACCCUGUGUCCCGCUACCUGAGUGAAUGGAGACAUGUGCAGCGUGGGGCCACAUGGAAGACCUCUCUGCACAUGUGUGAUGGGCGCACGCCCACACCCGAGGAGCUACCAUCGUGCUAUGAAGGCACAGACUGGUCCGGCUGCACACUGCAGGAGUUCAUGGACUGCCCCUACAACCUGGCCAACAACCGCCAGGUGCGCAUGCUGGCUGAUCUGAGCCUGGUGGGCUGCUACAACCUGUCCUUCAUCCCUGAAGGCAAGCGGGCCCAGCUCCUCCUGGAGAGUGCCAAGAAGAACCUGCGGGGCAUGGCCUUCUUUGGCCUGACAGAGUUCCAGCGCAAGACACAGUACUUGUUUGAGCGGACGUUCAACCUCAAGUUCAUCCGGCCCUUCAUGCAGUACAACAGCACCAGGGCAGGCGGCGUGGAGGUAGAUGAGGACACCGUCCGGCGUAUCGAGGAGCUCAACGACCUGGACAUGCAGCUCUACGACUAUGCCAAGGACCUGUUCCAGCAGCGCUACCAGUACAAGCGGCAGCUAGAGCGCAGGGAGCAGCGCCUCCGAAGCCGUGAGGAGCGUCUGCUGCACCGAGCUAAAGAGGCCCUGCCACGGGAGGACUCCGAGGAGCCAGGCCGGGUGCCCACGGAGGAUUACAUGAGCCACAUCAUCGAGAAGUGGUAGUGGCAGCCCCAGGAGAGUCCCUUAGGGACAGUAAGGGGAGGGGAGUUGAAGUCAGACAGACAGAUGGUUCGCAUAGGGCUGCCUGCCCACUACUCUGAUUGGAAGAGUCCCAGACCUGCUUACCAGAGGGUGGGAGCUUCCUGAACAAAGACCAGGGAUAGUCAGUGCUGGCCCAGUAGGGCUGGUUCUCAUGGUUUCUCCCAGGCCUGGGGUCUAGGUAACCCACCUGUAUCACACCCAUUGGCUCAGAGGAAAACGUUCUUGAAGGAUGCCCCGGUAACGGCUGCACAGAUCAGGUACAGGUGGCAUCCCUGCUCUCCAGGCCCCCACCUCACUGUCAGAACAGCUGAAAGUAUGAAGACAAAAAGACAGUGGAGCUGAGAGUGGGGAGCGGCCCUCCCAGGACAGGAGUAUCCACGCCCACUACAUACUUACCCACUCUCCUCGCAUAGGCCAUUGGGGGUCCUCAGGCUAAAGUGAUCCCAGCAGCCCCUCAGCCUUCAGUGGCCCCAUUGCCCCAGGCCUGUAUGAAGCCCCCCUCCCUGGGAACAUGGCAGCCCUUUGAGGUGUUAUCAGGAAUGGAGCUCCACAUUUGCCCAUCUUCAUUGUCAGAGCCACCCAUCUAAGGCCGAGAAGAUUAUUCCAGCCUUUGGGAAGUUUCCUUCUCUCUCUGGCUCCCUGCUUUGGGUCAGGAGAUCAGGACACACCCCCUGGAUCCUCACCCCUUUUCUGAAGUCAUCAGACUGAGGAGGCUGUGGAGAAUGCCUCCAGGAGUAGGAAGGCUGCAUCCAAGCUGGCCUUUGGGGUGACCACCCAGUCAGAUCAGCUCAGACAGUAAGGGAGAUCAUAAUUGCAGGCCCCCCUGCCCUGUUCUCCUUUCUGACCCCUGGGACUUGUUAGCGGACUGCCCUGCCCUAAGCCCAUCACUUGCACAUUCAUUCAGAGCCCCUACCCUACUGCUUCCACCAUCUCACGUAUAAAAGUCCAGUUAAGCGUCCGUUGGUGUGAACAUGGCAGACCACAGCUGCUGUCCAUGAGCCGCACCUCAAGGCCAUGGUGGUUUUGGAUGGCCAGGAAAGGGAUCUAGGGCUUUCAGAUUCUCAGCUAGGAUUAGAGGAAAUGGCUCUCGGUGGCUAGCUCCCUGAUACCCACAUUCACAGCUCUCCCCACCCUGGGCUCUCCCUGCAUUUCCCUGCCCCAUCCCUAUCCUCCCUAGCUGGUCAGGCCCUGUUUCCAGCAGCCCUACAGAUUGGAAAGGCCAUGUUCCAAGAUCAAGCCAGUGUCAUCUGAGCGUGCUCUCUGUGAAUGAGGUCCAAAGCCCGCAUUUUGGGGAGCUGAGUGUGAGCCUCACACUGAGGUAGACAGAUGCCCCAUCUCUCCAGGAAAGAAAGAACACAUGCCCAGAGACCACAGACCUGCCUCAAGGAGGGCAAUAAGGGCCAUAGGCCUCAUAGGCAGAUCCUGCAGGUGGUUCCCUGCCCCAGCUGUCUCACCAGGGAGUGAGGAAUGGGGAAGCAAGGAACCUUCUGUAGCACAGGAAAAACUUCGUUGUUGUCAGAUGAGGUGGCUGCCCAGGAGAAAGUGGCUUUAGUCUUUGCUUAUCUAACUUUACUUCUUUCAGCUUCCUACACUGACCACUUCAUCUUGUCCAAAGGCAGAGCAGUGAGCAGGUCAAGAUGGGUAUUGUGCCAGCCCAACUCAGGACCGUCCUGAGGAGUAGGUGCAUCAUGCUGAGGAGAUGAGCAUCCAUUUUAAUGGCUCUUUUAAAAGAAAGCAAAGGACAUGUGGAGGAGGAGAGUAUGUGUCUUCUGUAAUGCUCAGCACUUGGGCCAGGCAUACUCCAGGCAGGACAUGUUUGCGAGAGCUCAAGAGGUGGCCAACUCCAGGGUAUGAGUCUCUACCUGAGGCCUUGCAGUGGGUUUCCUGGGUGUGCAAGCCUGAGUGUAGGAUCUGUUAUGUAUAUAUUGGAAUGUUUUAACUUAUAGCCUGUUCCAGUUUGCAUGGAAACACAGGUCUUCCUCAGUUUCUUUGUUGCAUCUGGAAAGCAGUCCUGUCUCGGGCCAGCACCAAGGCUGACGCUCAGAGACAUGCCAGUUGGCAGUUCCCUCUACCCCUCCGGUCUCCAGUCUGGCACUUCCUAUGGAGGCCAUCUGCUUUAGGGGGAAGGUUCCUUGUGCCUACAGUGUGUCCUUCAAUGCCAAUGGCCGGGCUCCACAGUUGACACGGGGUGGCCCCAUUUAGGGGCUCUUGCCAGGGCUGAGUGUACAGAAGCAAAUAUGCAGUGAGUAAGCCACUCACUCCCCACACAGGCCUGCAGUGUCCUUUCCCAGGGAAGGAACCAGGGACAACAGGAUUGUCCAAGUCUGUGAACUUUUUGGGAACUGGAAGUGUUUAACUUGAACCCAGGAGCAUUUAAAGCUUUAUUUAUUUAUAGCUUCUUAUUAAAAAAAAUGUUGAGAAGAAAUCUUUGGUUAUUCAUACAAAAAAUGAGUUGAUGGAAAACAAGUUAUAAUCAUCUAAUUGUUUUUGUCUAGGGCAAGAGUAAAUGUUAGCUGAUUGAAAUAAACCCUGAAAAGGAGCCUUGGGUGUGCUGUGGUCUGUGGUGACAGCAGUCUGCCCAGUAUUCAGUUUGAUAUUCAAAAUGUACAUCGGUGAGCACAGGACUUGACACAGGAGCAGAGGGACUUCCCUCAGGUGCAGGCGGCCCAAGGAGAGGCAUUAAACACUCUAUUUCACUGAGUAAUGCUUUGUGAAAGUAAGAGAUGUGAUUAUCACGGCCAUAAAGAAUAAUUUAUUGAUUUUUAACCACCGCAAUUGAAAAAAUGAGCCCAGCUGAGUGUUAGGGUGAGAGAAAUGCAGGCACCACGUGCUUGCAUUUUAAGCUUUUAAGUGGUUCAUACCUCAAGGCCUAAAGGCAUCUCUUCCCCUUCACAGAAUCUACAACUGGAAUCUGUCUGGACUGUGCACACAGGAGAAGGAAUUGGUGGGAGGGGCCAGAUGGCCUACAGAAGGGGAACGGCAGACCCACCAAGUAGACAAAGGGCAGAGCAGAAACCAGGACCUGGUCAGAGCCAGUACCCAGAGAGUGCCACUUCCUGGUCGCUGGAGGCAGCGACCAGGAGGUGGCAUACAUGGGAGAUGCAGAGGAAGGCAGACAGGGCUGCCCCCUUAAACUCUAUCCUCAGAUCCAAAAACAGACAAUGCUCUUGACCAUCUGGUCCCUGAUCCCUGUUUAAUAACAAAGUAGAGUCUUGCAAAGGAAGAGCAUGGUGUGGAGAAACCUGCACAGAGACCUCUCGGGACACUUAAUUGGGGCCCUCAGCCGGCGGCUCCUUCAAGAACUCAUGAUGGAAGUGCCUUCCACUCAGGGGAGGGAGGCUCCAUUCAGCUCUGUGGGGCCAAUGUGAGAUGAGACAGGUGAAAUCAGUCCUGAGAACACCUAUCCCUAAAGUGGGGAUUUCAUUCUCUUACCUGUAGUAAAAUGGAAAACUACUUCUAAGUCUGAUUCUGAGACCCAGGAAGCUCCUGGUCCCUGCCUGGCUCCUCACCCCAUCCCUGCACUUACCUGUGCCAACCCAGCCUAUUGAUCCCACCCAUCCACUCAUGUCCCUCUGCCCUCUUGCAUUGCUGGGCAAGCCUUGCUCCGUGGGUCCCUAGGUUUGGACAAUUCCCCCUCCCUUUGUGACGAGUUGCCACCCAGCCCCAUUCCACCCCAUUCCUGCUUCUCUUACUAUCCCUCUUCACACCCAACAUUUCAGCUUUGAUGAGCAGUUGCUACUCCCUGGGGUGGGCCUACUACCUACAUGCUUCCCUAGAUCUUCACAUUCAGAACCUUCAGGCAAACACUUGUCCUCACAUGGUGCUCUGUGCCUAGUUAACUUCUCCGUAGGGCAAGUAGUCCUGACCUGUUCUGCCUGGACAUGGUCCACUUUGCAGUGGCACAAAGAAAAGUCCAUCCUCUGGCCCUCAGGCUCCCAGUGCAGAGCACUCAGGCUCCCUGGGGGCUGCUGGCCAACCUUGAGGGGGAGGAGCUUGCAGUCCCCUCCAGGGCAUGCACCUGGUCUCAGGGACUUCCAAGACUAGGAGGCCUCUGGAAGGCACUGGGUACAUCAAUGUUGUGGGGACCUUUUACCCAGCACCCUUUCUGGCUGACCGAGUCCCUUCUUUACACGUUCCCCCCUUAGUGGACCAAGAUAGGCACCUAGGCCCCUUGACAAGGCCUGACUUGGAGGUCUUCACCUCAUUCCAUGAAGACCCUGCUGUUGGGAACGUGGCCUUGGCUCUCCACUGUAGCUCAGCACAGAGAAAUCUUCCAGGAUUUUAGCUUUGUUGUCAGAUCAGGGUUUAGAUUCCGGUUGGAUAACUGACCUGCUCUGUGAAAUGGAAAGGUUGCUGUAAGGAUUCAUCUGCUUCUGGAGAAGGAACAGACCUGGGCAUGGCAUACCUCAUACUGCCUUCAUCUCCGUCUCCAACCCCAAACACAGACAGGCUGCCACAAGGAGACUCGUUAAAAACAGUCCUGACCUGGCUGGUGUGGGUCAGUGAAUUGAGUGUAGGCCUACAAAGAAAGGUGGCUGGUUCGAUUCCCAGUCAGGGCACAUGCCUGGGUUGUGGGCCAGGUCACCCGUUGGGGGAGUGCAAGAGGCAACUGAUCGAAGUUUCUCUAACACAUCAAUGUUUCCCUCCAUCUCUUUUUCCCUCUCUUCCUCUCUCUCUAAAAAAAAUAAAAUAAAAUCUUAAAAAGAAAACUUUAAAAAGAAGUCAUGCUAAAAAAAAAGGCAGUCUUGACCCUGCCCACCACCAAGUCACACCCACUUCACUGCCCACUGGUAGAGCAAAGCCAUGUGGGCCUAGCUCCUCCUGUGGGCACAUCUAAGGACUAUUCUCUUUUUUUAUUUCUCCUCGAAGGACUGUGAGGGGCUGGGAAGGACAACCUUCAAAGUCCCCAGCCUGCCAGCCCCAUCCAUCUCCACCUGGUCAGUGCCAUCUUGUUAGGGUGGGUUACCCUGCCUUUUCUCCCAUCAAAUACUGUAUAAAGGACCUUUCUGGCCCCAUGCCAGCUGGGCCUCCCACUCCAACCCACCCAGGCCCAGGCUUUCUGGUGGGACCUGGGUUCCUGUGCAGGCCCAGCGGAGGGGUCUGAAUUUACAUAGCACUGCCCAGACUCCCCAAAACGUGCCCUUUUUAAAGAAACCGCUCACAUCCUGACUUUGUUCCCAUUCCCUCUGGAGAGUGAUUGAUUUUCCUUAAUUUGUUGGUUCAACUUAAUAGUCUCUCCUGGUUACAACCAGGAUGUUAGGGGUCCCCCUAUAUUCUCUGGGUGGCAUCAGGGCCCAGGGGACACUCCUGUCACCCAGUGAUGGCUGGCUAGUUGCUCACACAUGGCCUUCUCCACUGCCCCCUGCCACCUUAUCAAGAAGGCUGUCAAACCCUGACCAAGACCACCAGCCUUUGUUCUCACUGACUGCACUGCAGAGUGUUCAGGGCAGUAAGAACUCCGUGUCACUGUCUCAGCUUGGGUGAGGCACAGAUAUCCUUCUGGGGGCUACUAGCCUGUUUCCUCUGAUGCUCUUCUGAUGAGCCCCUACAUCAGCUGUCUUGGCCCUGCUACUCCUCUCUCUAGCCCCACCCCCUUUAACAGGUCCUUCUCAAUCCCUCAGGCACAGGGUUUUUAACCUCACCUCAGACAGUUCCCCCACUCAGCAGCCAUGGGAUGCUGGCUCUGUUUAAUUUGCCACACAGGUAUUUCCACACCAUUGCAACUGGGCCAGGCACGGUUUCUCCCUUAGACCACCUACGCUGUUUCCAAGGCCUGACCCUGGCAAAGGCCAAGGAUGUGCAGCAGUGAAGCCCAGCGAGUCUCCCCGUCCCCACCCCAGCUUUCUACCAUCUCUGAUGGGCCCAUUCUCACUGACUCCAUACUCCUGCCCUGCUCUGAGGAUCACUGGGACCCUGGGAUUUCUCUGUCUCUGUGAAAAGAAACCUAAGGACUGUGGGAAACACUUAAAAAGCUGAGCUUUCAAGAAGAGGCCUCUCCAGAACUUGUGGGGACAGCCUAGCUCCUCCAAUCUUGGCGGGCUGGCAGUGCUGCUUUGCUCUGGGUGGUGCUGCCCUUCCCCAGAAGCCUCAAGGCUGGAUACAGGGCCCCCCUGAGCACAUGAGCUUAGUGCUUGCACAGAGCCAUCUUAGGGGACAGACCUAUGGUAUGACAGCCACACACAGGGGUGCUUGCUCUAAGGGCCCCUGGGCUCUGGCAGGAUGGGCUUCCAGCUUAAAUAACACAUUGUUAUUUGAGAAGCAGCUUGAAGCACAGUUCAGCUUUGUGCUCACAGAACACAUAGAGACAUGCUUCAUGGGGCAUGGCAGAAUCUGCCUCUUCUCAGCUGGCACUCACUCCACGCAGGAAAUGUUUUUCACUUCAAGAGAUUUAAGACUCGGGCACAGCAAAGCCUGCUAGUUGUCCCUUGAUAUUUGUCUUAGCCUCCUUUCUUUACCUAUCAAUGGGAACACAGCCAGCCAAAGUCAAUUAAGAUUCCAUACACUUCCCAGCCCUUCACAGUGCGAUGUGGCUACACCACUACCCCAGCCAAACAAUGUGCAGGUAAUAACUGCAGCUUUGGAAAACAAUCCUGAGCGAGGAGCAGUGGGCCCUGCUUCCUCUCCCCCUGCUAGGGAUGUUCUGCUUCAAGAUUGCCCACCUGCUGCUCUGAGCUCCAUACACAUGGGUGUGCUACAACACAGAAUGAAACGGGGCUUUUUUUUCUGUAUACCCUUGUGUACCUCUUGAAUUUUGAAAAGUAAAUGAAUUACCUAUGCAAAACAGACGGCUGAAAAUAAACACAAAGCAAAAUGGAAGAUAAAUGCUAAAUUUAUGACAGUAAUUUU